UAAAAGGAAAAGCCCAGAGAGAUGGCCUAGGGUUUGUCCUAGAGAACCUGUUUUAUAGUUUUUUCUUCGGCGCCACCGUUUCAGCUCUUGCUCUCUGUUUCCUUUUAGCUGAUUUCGUCGGAGAUUGAUCUCGUUCUAGAAAUGGGUGCUUUCCGGUUUCACCAGUAUCAAGUGGUUGGGAGAGCUCUUCCGACAGAGAAAGAUGAGCACCCUAAGAUCUACAGGAUGAAGCUAUGGGGCACAAAUGAAGUAUGCGCCAAGUCCAAGUUUUGGUACUUCAUGAGGAAACUGAAGAAGGUGAAGAAAAGCAACGGGCAGAUGCUUGCCAUCAAUGAGAUUUUCGAGAAGAACCCGACGACGAUCAAGAAUUAUGGUAUCUGGCUGCGUUAUCAGAGCCGAACUGGGUACCAUAACAUGUACAAGGAGUACCGUGACACAACACUCAAUGGUGCAGUGGAGCAGAUGUACACUGAGAUGGCUUCUCGUCAUAGAGUGAGGUUCCCAUGCAUUCAGAUCAUAAAGACUGCAACAGUCCCUGCAAAGCUGUGCAAGAGAGAGAGCACCAAACAGUUCCACAACUCCAAGAUCAAGUUCCCUCUUGUUUUCAGAAAGGUCAGACCACCAAGCAGGAAGCUCAAGACUACAUACAAGGCAUCAAAGCCCAACCUCUUCAUGUAAAACCAAUCUUACAUCCAUAUCUUUAUCAACCAACAGAUUAGGGCUCUAGCAGUAAGUCUGAACAAAACACCAUUUUGUAGUUCUUCACUUGAAGUCUUAAAAUUUGCAUCUUCUGAACUUUUUUGUUCUAGAUAUAAUACGAUAUUCAGUUCACUCGUUUCCAGUUUUCACCAA